AUGUCGAAACCAGAGAUCAAACAUUAUGGAUUCAAGGAGUUAUACGCCGGAAAGGAGCCCGUCGUCGACGUCGUUGCUAUCCAUGGUUUAGACGGUCAUAGAGAGAACACCUGGACGGACGGUGGAAUCCUUUGGCUGAGCCAUUUCUUGCCCCUCUCGUUGCCCCGCGCUAGAGUUCUCACGUACGGGUAUGAUGCCGAUACUCAACACGAGACAUGCGUAUCGACACAGAAUAUACAUCGGCAUGCUCAGAAGCUAGCUCAGUCCCUUUCAAUGAACCGUAAAGACGACCCUCGUCGUCCCAUCAUCUUCAUCGCACACGAUCUUGGAGGUAUCAUUCUCAAAAAGGCACUUGUCAUCUGCCACAAUCAGACUCUAGAUUCGGAAGGAGUCCUCCGAGAUAUUCUGGUGUCCACACAUGGCAUCUUAUUCUUUGGAACACCACACUCUGGUCUGGACGGCAACUUUCUUGAAAGGCUCAAGCGCUCGGCACCCUGGCGCAUGAAAACGACCGAGGUGAUCACAAAAGAUCUCGAGGCACACUCGUCCGAACUCGAAAAUAUACAAAGUUUGUAUGUCGAAGCGAGUAAGAAGAUAACCAGCGUAUUCUUCUGCGCGGAUUACGCGAACGCCACGAAUGAAAAGCGACCACGAAUGAAUGUUCCAUACCACUCGGCGACCAUCCCGGGCGACCGUAAUGCCACAACGAUUGUCCUCUCGUGUGACCAUCAGAAUCUGGUCAGAUUUUCUAAUUCAAAGAGCGAAAACUAUAAGGCGGUUCUGUAUUAUCUCGACGCGUGGUGCAAGUCGGCCCCCGAUUCAGUGAAGGACAACUGGAAUAUAGAGGAUAACUUGCGCAGUUCUGCCAAAGGAAAUCAUCAUCCAUCGGUCGACGCAUCCUUUAUUUUCCAACUUCCGAUGGUGGCAUCUGCCCCAUCCUCGGUCCAUAGAACCUGUCUACAAGGAACUCGACAGGCUGUCCUCCAGACAAUCCAGAAUUGGGCUGAGGACGAUACCUCUGAUAAACCAAUAUUCUGGCUCUGCGACAUAGCCGGCUCUGGCAAGUCCACAGUUGCAAUGUCGGCAGCCGCGUCCUGGCAUGUCGAGGGAAAACUCGGAGGCCAGUUCUUCUUCUCGAUAGCCAAUAGCGAUACAUCGACAACAGAAAAGUUCUGCUCGACCAUGGCAAGAGACCUUGCCCAACACAUUUCCCAGCUCGCACCCCACGUCGCAGAUGCCGUCAAACGGAACCCAUCCAUCAUGCGGAGUUCGUUGGAGGACCAAUUCCGUACACUCAUCAUCGAUCCACUCCGUCAUCGAGACGGACGCGUAGUUCUUGUCAUCGACGCCAUAGACGAAUGCAAAUCUGGACCUCAGCGAAAGGAACUUGUCGACACGCUUGCUAAAGCCGUUCGACAAAGCAAGAACCUCAAGGUAUUCAUCACGAGUCGGCCAGAUGCCGUCAUCGAAUCGGUUCUUCAACCACUCUCGAUCAAAUGUAAAUUGGAAGACCGGUUGCAUGAUGUCAAACAUCGUGACAACGUAGAUGACAUCGAGAUGUAUGUCCAUCAAUCCCUCUACACUGUUCUACCUCAAGACCAGAGGCAGCGGUUGAUUGAGAAGGCGAGGGGAUUGUUCAUCUGGGCGAGCACCGCAUGUCGAAUGAUCAACAACGAGACGACAUGGGAAACGCCUGAGAGCAUAUAUGGCUCGUUGGUCUCAGUGGACCAACCUGGAGAGAUCGACGAGGUAUACAAACUCAUCUUCGAGAGGACAGAUCCCAAAUACCAUACCAUCAUGUGGAGCAUGCUUGCACUACUCCUCGCUGCAUUCGAACCACUUACCGCCGAGGAUCUUGAUAAUAUUCUCAAGCAUAGUAGACUACGGGGAAAUUCCAAGGUGUUGAUUCGAAACCUUAGAAGUGUUCUUAUCGAAGAUGAGGCAACAAAGGUCAUUCAGUUUCGUCAUCCUACUCUUGUGGAAUACCUGCGACGCCGCUGUCUAGUCCCGGACCUCGAAGACUCGAGCGGAAUGUAUAUCGAUAUCGCCAAUGCGCAUGGUCAAAUUGCGUCCUGGGGUUUGGAUAACCUUCGAUCACGAGGGGGAGGCCUCAAGUUCAAUAUAUGUGAAAUCGAGUCAUCGUUCUAUCGAAACAGAGAGAUCCCUGAUCUAGAGGCAAGAAUAUCAAGGUGCAUCGGAAUGAACAUUCGAUAUGCGAGCUUACAUUGGCUGUUUCAUAUGGAGAAAACGGAUAGCAAAUGGAGAAGCAAGCUCAGAAAUGAAGUUGAACAAAUUAUUCGAGUUCCAUAUGUACUAUAUUGGAUGGAGGUCCUGAGCCUGAUUGGAAGACUGCCUCGAGCUAUAGAUGGGCUCCGAGCUGUGACGCGCAAUACUGUUGAAAAAGAGACUAAGAGCCGCAUAAGUGAAGUAAUGCGGUUUAUGAUGGCAUUUUCAGUACCUAUUCAAGAGAGUGCUCCGCACAUCUACAUCUCGGCGCUUCCGUUCACACCUACAGAAUCGCAUCUGCAUAUUGAGGGGUUAGAUAUGUAUAAGAACACUCUGAAAGUGACUAAAGGGCUGGAGAAGACAUACCGGGGACUUCCAGAAGCGCUUCGGGGACAUACAAGUAGAGUCACGGCAAUCGCAUUUUCACCAGACGGCUCACGCAUUGUCUCUGGAUCGGAUGAUGAGACGAUUCGACUAUGGGAUGCGGAGACGGGCCAGUCGUUGGGAGAACCAUUCCGAGGCCACACAAACUCGGUCACCGCCGUCGCAUUCUCACCAGACGGCUCGCGAAUCGUCUCUGGCUCAUGGGAUAACACGAUUCGACUAUGGAAUGCGGAGACGGGCCAGUCGUUGGGAGACCCACUCCGAGGCCACACAAACUCGGUCACCGCCGUCGCAUUCUCACCAGACGGCUCGCGAAUCGUCUCUGGCUCGGAUGAUAAGACGAUUCGACUAUGGAAUGCGGAGACGGGCCAGUCGUUGGGAGACCCACUCCGAGGCCACACAAACUCGGUCACCGCCGUCGCAUUCUCACCAGACGGCUCGCGAAUCGUCUCUGGCUCAUGGGAUAACACGAUUCGACUAUGGAAUGCGGAGACGGGCCAGUCGUUGGGAGACCCACUCCGAGGCCACACAAACUGGGUCACCGCCGUCGCAUUCUCACCAGACGGCUCGCGAAUCGUCUCUGGCUCAUGGGAUAAGACGAUUCGACUAUGGAAUGCGGAGACGGGCCAGUCGUUGGGAGACCCACUCCGAGGCCACACAGACUCGGUCACCGCCGUCGCAUUCUCACCAGACGGCUCGCGAAUCGUCUCUGGCUCAUGGGAUAACACGAUUCGACUAUGGAAUGCGGAGACGGGCCAGUCGUUGGGAGACCCACUCCGAGGCCACACAAACUCGGUCAGGGCCGUCGCAUUCUCACCAGACGGCUCGCGAAUCGUCUCUGGCUCAUGGGAUAAGACGAUUCGACUAUGGAAUGCGGAGACGGGCCAGUCGUUGGGAGACCCACUCCGAGGCCACACAGACUCGGUCACCGCCGUCGCAUUCUCACCAGACGGCUCGCGAAUCGUCUCUGGCUCAUGGGAUAACACGAUUCGACUAUGGAAUGCGGAGACGGGCCAGUCGUUGGGAGACCCACUCCGAGGCCACACAAACUCGGUCAGGGCCGUCGCAUUCUCACCAGACGGCUCGCGAAUCGUCUCUGGCUCGGCAGAUCAUACCAUUCGACUAUGGAAUGCGGAGACGGGCCAGUCGUUGGGAGACCCACUCCGAGGCCACACAAACUGGGUCACCGCCGUCGCAUUCUCACCAGACGGCUCGCGAAUCGUCUCUGGCUCGGAUGAUAAGACGAUUCGACUAUGGAAUGCGGAGACGGGCCAGUCGUUGGGAGACCCACUCCGAGGCCACACAAACUGGGUCACCGCCGUCGCAUUCUCACCAGACGGCUCGCGAAUCGUCUCUGGCUCGGGGGAUAAGACGAUUCGACUAUGGAAUGCGGAGACGGGCCAGUCGUUGGGAGACCCACUCCGAGGCCACACAAACUCGGUCAGGGCCGUCGCAUUCUCACCAGACGGCUCGCGAAUCGUCUCUGGCUCGGGGGAUAAGACGAUUCGACUAUGGAAUGCGGAGACGGGCCAGUCGUUGGGAGACCCACUCCGAGGCCACACAAACUCGGUCACCGCCGUCGCAUUCUCACCAGACGGCUCGCGAAUCGUCUCUGGCUCGGGGGAUAAGACGAUUCGACUAUGGAAUGCGGAGACGGGCCAGUCGUUGGGAGACCCACUCCGAGGCCACACAAACUCGGUCACCGCCGUCGCAUUCUCACCAGACGGCUCGCGAAUCGUCUCUGGCUCGGAUGAUAAGACGAUUCGACUAUGGAAUGCGGAGACGGGCCAGUCGUUGGGAGACCCACUCCGAGGCCACACAGACUGGGGAGGCGCCGUUGCAUUCUCACCAGACGGCUUGGAAAUCACGUCGGUUCCAGCUGGCAGCACAAUUACACUAUGGAACACCGCAUUUGCCGAGUUAUCCAACCAUAAUGGUCAGUUGACCCAGUCAAUCCAGGAUGACCUUAUCUCGCAUCAAAAUACCCUGGCUUUAUUGAAAGUUAUGCUUUCCCAGCUCCGAACAUUUACUCUCUCUGAUGACGGUUGGGUGCAUCUCUCAGGGAAGCUUCUAUUUUGGGUUCCACCAGACAAUCGGCUCUCAUUAACGUCUCCACUCCUCCUCAACUUACCAACGUCCAGCCCUCCCUACCCGACCAAACUCGACUUCGCUCAUUUCCACUGUGGUCCUUCAUGGACAAAAGUCCGAGGCAGCGUCAAUCAAUGA